AUGAGUGUGCUUCUGGAAACAUCUCUAGGCGAUAUUGUAGUCGACUUGCUGGUGGAUGCCGCGCCGAAAUUGUGCGAAAACUUUUUGAAAUUAUGCAAGAUCAAGUAUUACAAUUUCUCUCCUGUACAUAGCGUGCAGAAGAAUUUCUCAUUCCAGACAGGCGACCCCCUUGGACCAGAUUCCAAGGAGAGCGAUGGAGGCUCAUCAAUAUGGGGGGUACUUGACGCGCGCGCCCCCAAAACUUUUGUUGCGGAUAUUGAUCCGAAACUAAAACAUCUGGAGAUGGGCACGGUGAGCAUGGCUACAGUGGCAUCUACCAAAGACCCGGAUAUCCGCCUGGCCGGGAGUCAGUUCCUCAUCACCUUAGGGGAAAAUCUUGACUAUCUGGAUGGUAAAGCAGCCAUCUUUGGCAAAGUCGUCGAAGGUUUCGAUGCGCUGCAAAAGAUCAAUGAGGCGUUCAUUGACGAAAGGGGUCGACCUUUAAAGGAUAUCCGUAUCAAACAUACCCCCAUCCUCGACGACCCAUUUGAUGAUCCCCUAGGGCUUAGAGAGCCAUCAUCCAGUCCAUUGCCGUCCAAAGCUCAGCUUGCCACGGUGAUGAUUGGCGAUGACGAAGAACUUGACGAGAAUAUUGAUGAAGCGGCAGUAGAGAAACUGAGACGAGAACGGGAAGCACGAGCUCAAGCUCUGACGCUAGAGAUGGUUGGGGACCUGCCAUUCGCAGAAGUCAAGCCACCAGAGAAUGUCUUAUUUGUUUGCAAGCUCAAUCCUGUCACUCAAGAUGAGGAUCUCCACCUCAUUUUCAGUCGGUUUGGCAAGAUACUGUCCUGUGAAGUCAUUCGUGACAAACGUACAGGCGAUAGCUUACAGUAUGCCUUCAUCGAGUUUGAAGAACAAAAGGAUUGCGAGCAGGCGUAUUUCAAGAUGCAAGGCGUGCUGAUCGAUGAUCAUCGCAUCCAUGUUGAUUUCUCACAAAGUGUUUCCAAACUUUCAGACAAUUGGCGAGAUUCGACGAAUACGAAGAGAGCGAAGCAGUCUGGAGGAUUUGGAGGCAUAUCAAGCCUAGAGAAACGCCGCCAGUACCGAGCCUCGGACACGGACUCGCGUUCGCGGGGUUAUGGCAUGGUGUUUGACAAGGACGACAUGCGCAAUAGGGGUCGCCGCAAUAGUCCUUCCAAAUCGAGCCGAAGAUCCCGAAGUCAAAGUCGAAGCCGGAGUCCAAGACGUAAGGAUUACAAAUACUCCUACGAGUACCGGCAGGAUCGAGGCGGUCGUGAUAACAUUGGCCGUGAUGAAGGGCGAUCACGCCACGGAUAUCACCGGGGGGGGCGAUAG